AUGACUUUCACUCGCCCCCUACCCAUCUCCGGGGUAUGGGGACACCCUGAUGCCUACAUUGAGGCCCUCCUUUGCUUCUCUACCACGUCGGUGCUUUUUAUGAAUUUGUGCGGUGGUGUGCAUAUGGUCGACUUUCUGACCCGGGAGCCUGACAUCUAUACGCAAAUUCUGCCAAAAGAUUGGAUAUCGUUCUUCGAACAGCAUGAUAUUCAUGAUAUCAUACAUCUACUCCUACGAGAGGACAUUGAGCACUUACGAACCGGCGAGCCUGCCGUAGAUCAAAGUAGCCGUACUUGGAAUGGAGGAGCAGUUCCUCCUCAGAGCCUCUUGGACUAUAUUUCCAACAUCCGUCUACUGAUACUCCAACGAGAAAUGUACAUCUCAUCGAAGCGGAUCGCAUUACCAAAGCAAGUUGCUAUGCAUAUGAACAAAAAAAAGGUUCACGAGGUUGAAUGCUUUUCUCGACAUGUUGCAUCUCUAUCAGACACUGUCAAUAAGCGACGAGGUGAGCCAAUCACUCAUAUUGUGGAUUUUGGGUCUGGGCAGAACUAUCUUGGACGGACACUGGCUAGUUCGCCUUACCACAAGCAUAUCAUCGCGAUUGAGCGCAAGCAUCAGUUCAUUAGCGGUGCCAAGAGUAUGGAUGUUCGAGCCAAGUUAGCAAAAGACCCGAAAGCUCAAAAUUUCCACAAGGACAAAAGUUCACCCGAUGUAUGCAAGGGAACUCCGGAAGUGACCGUCUCUGAAAGGACAGAUACAUCCCACCCAACGAUAGAGGACUUGCAGGUCUCAGAUGGCCCUUUGCUGGAGAUGCUGGGCGAGAUUAGCCUUCAAUCUGACGAGCUACUUGGAUCCCCCACCAAAGGCCCAUUAUCAGAAAAGCUGCCGAAUCCAGAGAUCCAUACCCGCGGUACUCUAAGCUAUAUUGAGCAUGAAAUCCAAGAUGGCCACUUAGAGCCCAUUAUCGACCAUAUCAUCCGCCCAUCCCGCAGUGGAGCUCCUGAUGAGAAUGGAAAGGAACCAAGCGAUGCCAGAUUGAUGGUUGUUUCCAUUCACUCUUGUGGAAACCUUGUUCACCAUGGUCUACGAUCUCUGAUUCUAAAUCCUUCGAUUGUGGCUGUCGCUAUGAUUGGCUGUUGCUACAAUUUGUUAACGGAACGUCUUGGUCCAACCACGCAUAACCUCCCGAUUCUUCAAUCACUCCACCCUCGACUUAAAGAGACUGGAACAUCAUAUGAUCCGCAUGGGUUCCCUAUGUCUAAAUACUACGAGAAUUACCGAAGUCCCGGCGCAACGGCUGGCGUGAAGCUUAACAUCACAGCUCGUGCACUGGCCGUGCAAGCUCCAUACAAUUGGGGCCACGAUGACAGUGAAGUAUCUUUUACGCGUCAUUUCUUCCGUGCUCUCCUCCAGCGCAUUCUCUUCGACCGUGGUAUUCUUCCUGAGCCUCCUGUGCCAGAUGACGUCUUCUCCGACAAAACUGGGCCGGAAGCUAAACCCAACUCUAUUAUCAUCGGAGCAUUGCCUAAAGCUGCCUUUAAAUCUUUUACUGCAUAUGUUCGUGCUGCGACGAUCAAGAUCAGUCGAGACCCGGCAUAUGCUACCCAGAUGCAGGAGCAUAUUGCUACCAUGACUGAUGAGGAGAUUCACUGCUACGAGACUCAGUACCACCACACAAAGAAGCAGAUGAGUGUUAUGUGGAGCUUAAUGGCAUUCAGUGCUCAGCUCGUCGAGACUAUCAUUGUCGUAGAUCGGUGGCAAUUCCUUCGUGAACAGGACUCGGUCAAAGACUGCUGGGUUGAGCCAGUGUUUGACUAUAGCGAGAGCCCGCGUAACCUGGCGGUCAUUGGACUAAAAAAGUGA